AGCCCCCCCUCCCCCCCCCCCCCCCCCCACCGGUCUCCCAAGGAUGGAUCAUUCCCAGUGCCUUGUGACUAUAUACGCCUUGGUGGUUCUGCUGGGUCUCCGGCUAGAGCAGGGCGCCUGCCAGCACUAUCUGCACAUCCGACCGGCUCCCAGCGACAACUUGCCCUUGGUGGAUCUAAUCGAGCACCCGGACCCUAUCUUUGACCCCAAGGAGAAGGAUCUUAACGAGACCUUGCUAAGGAACCUCAUGGGCGGACACUUCGACCCCAACUUUAUGUCUGUUUCCUUGCCCGAGGACCGACUCGGAGUGGACGAUCUAGCUGAGCUGGACUUGCUGCUCAGGCAGAGACCCUCAGGAGCGAUGCCCAGCGAAAUCAAAGGGCUGGAGUUCUACGACGGGCUGCAGCCGGGCAAGAAGCACAGGCUGAGCAAGAAGCUGCGCAGGAAGCUGCAGAUGUGGCUUUGGUCCCAGACCUUCUGCCCGGUCCUAUACACGUGGAACGAUCUCGGCAGCCGCUUUUGGCCCCGGUAUGUCAAAGUGGGCAGCUGCUACAGUAAAAGGUCUUGUUCAGUCCCCGAAGGCAUGGUUUGCAAACCUGCCAAAUCCGUGCAUUUAACGAUCCUGAGGUGGAGGUGCCAGCGCCGGGGCGGGCAGAGAUGCACGUGGAUACCCAUCCAGUACCCCAUCAUUUCAGAGUGUAAGUGCUCCUGCUAGGGCUGGCACUUUCCUUCGCGCCCCUUCUCCAGCGGACUCACGUGGACCUUUGCUGCAACAGAAAUAAAAGACAUUUGCUUUCUGGUUAACGUUGUAAUGCACUGUAACGUGUAGGAGAAUGUAUAUUGUGUGUGUAUAUAUGGCACCGGUUUAAUAUACUAUUAAGAGGUCAGUAUUAUACGUGAAAUAAUCAGCGUCUACUGUAUUUUCAAGACUAUUACCCUGA